AUGUCAGCACCCCUGCAGAUCAUCAACUCCACAACUCCGAAAUCGAAUCUCUCACGAGAGACUCAUCACUCAAUGCCCAUGUCCGAUCCAGCGAGCGACAUGCCCGGCAUCAAGAGACACCAUGACGGCGCCGUGAAGAAAGAGGACGGCGAUGGCGCCCAAUCGCCUUUUAUGGCCAUGUUUGAGGUGUUUCGCGACGAGUUAGAUGAGCACCAUGAUCGCAGGGAGAGGAUCAUCAAGGCCGGGAGGGAUAUCACUGCUGCCAGCAAGAAGAUAAUCUUCGCGCUUCAGAGAGUCCGGUCGUUGAAGAGCCCAGUACCUGCUAAGAUUGCAUCGGAGGUUCAAGAGAAGAUGUUGGCAAUGCAGAAGCAGUUCGAAUCAAUCGCGCCGGACCUCACUGGCAUCAACGCUUGGCGAUACCAGCGACAGAUCUCAGGCGGCAUUCAAGAGUACAUGGAGGCUGUCUCUUUUCAGCACUACCUCAUCAACCAAACCCUCAUUACGCUCGAGGAAGCCUCCCGGCAGCUGCCGGAUGCCGUCACGCUUACAGGAGAUGACUACGUGCUCGGCAUCUUCGAUUUGGUGGGCGAGCUGAUGCGGUUUGCGAUCACCACAAUUGCUACCACGGGUGCGCUUCCUGGAAGUAAAGAUGAAGACGCGGAGCAGGGUGAGAGGGAUAUCCUGAUCGAUUUGAGGGAACUGAGGACCAGCUUUCAGGCGCUCGAUACGACGAGUUGUUGGGGGACUGGGCUGGGGAAGGAUGUCCAGAAGAAGAUGGAGGUUAUGAAGACGUGUGUGGAGAAGGUUGAGACGGCGGUCUAUGGCAUGAUUAUUCGGGGAAGAGAGAGGCCGAAAGGAUGGAUUCCUGAUUUGAUGGAGGAUCGGGGAGGUGUUGUCGAGAGCUACUGA